AUGACAAAGGGCCAGUCUGGCUCUCUUGCUGGGGGCAUUUUGGUUGUGAUUGCACUGUACGACUUUCCUGCCUCAAGUGACCGUGACCUGCCGCUGGUCAAGGGGGAGAAACUCCAAGUCCUCUCCAACGAGGGGGACUGGUGGCUGGCAAAAUCCCUCAGCAGCGGGAGGAAAGGCUACAUCCCUAGUAACUUCGUCGCACAAGUAGACAGUUUGGAAGAGGAAAAGUGGUAUUUUAAAACUCUGAGCAGAAAGGAUGCUGAACGGCUGUUGUUAUCUUCCGGCAACAAAGUUGGCUCUUUCCUUGUCCGAGAGAGUGAAACCAGCAAAG